AUAACUAGAAGAGGAACAAAUUGUCCCAACAAUCAACAUCUAAAACUCCAGAGAACAUCAGCGGUGGAUACUGUCACUGUAACCGGAUUUCAUAUACACCCAAAAACACUUUCGAAGAUAAUUAUAAACCGCCUUUUUAUAUACAUUCCUCUUUUCAGAGGACGUGUUAUUUCGCCGUGAGAAUUACUGCCCUCAAAGCGCCAUGUCAAUGCUGCCUUCAUUCGGCUUUACCCAGGAGCAAGUGGCCUGUGUGUGUGAGGUGCUCCAGCAAGGGGGGAACUUGGAAAGACUGGGACGGUUUCUGUGGUCCCUUCCCGCGUGUGACCAUCUACACAAGAACGAAAGCGUCCUGAAAGCUAAGGCGGUGGUAGCGUUUCACCGUGGCAAUUUCAGAGAGUUGUACAAAUUACUAGAGAGCCACCAAUUUUCCCCACACAACCACCCCAAACUCCAGCAGCUGUGGCUGAAGGCGCACUACGUCGAGGCUGAAAAACUGAGAGGGAGACCUCUGGGCGCAGUCGGGAAAUACAGGGUACGAAGAAAAUUCCCUUUGCCCCGGACAAUUUGGGACGGGGAAGAAACCAGCUACUGCUUUAAGGAAAAAUCCAGGGGCGUACUGAGGGAAUGGUACACCCACAACCCGUACCCGUCUCCGCGGGAGAAGAGAGAAUUAGCCGAGGCCACGGGACUCACCACAACGCAAGUCAGCAACUGGUUCAAAAAUAGAAGACAGAGGGACAGAGCCGCAGAAGCUAAAGAAAGGGAGAACAGUGAAAACAACAACUCUGGCAACAACAAACAGAACCAGCUAUCCCCACUGGAUGGGGGCAAAUCUCUAAUGUCAAGCUCAGAAGACGAGUUUUCACCCCCGCAGAGCCCUGAUCAGAACUCAGUCUUACUGUUGCAGGGAAACAUGAACCACUCUGUGGGCUCCAGUUAUCCCUUGGCCGGUCUAAGCGCUUCUCAGUCUGUUCAUAGCAUUCAAGGACAUCCGCACCAGCUCCAAGACUCUCUUCUCGGACCCCUAACUUCUAGCCUUGUGGAUCUUGGCUCUUAAACAACAAAUAUUGUUGUUUUUUUUAUUUUAUGAGAGACUGAGAUACGACACUUUCAUUGUAUAUAUAUACAUAAAAAAUAAAUAUAUAAGAUUUCUGAUGUGGACUUUCACACGAUGGUACUUACAAAACAAUCAGAAGAAAACGCUGCAGUGACUUUUGUCAAGUCAUUAAACAAAUCGAAAGAUUACCACUGCGGCUUUAUCUGAUGCUCUUCGUCACAUCCUGGCGUGUUGAUCUGCGCAGAACUAUAGCCAGUUUUAAAAUAGGACAGCACUGUCACCGUACUGAUGUUACUAUAACUUAACUUGCAAUUUAAAAACUCAUCUCAUUUAAACAUUCUUGGCUCUGAACUUUUUUUUUUCUUAAUUUAUGAAGAUAUCUGUUUCUUUCCAGAGAGUUGAAUACAAAGGAAAAUCUCGAUGAGGACACUUGGAGAUAUGCUAUAGCUUGAACUCCUUGAAGUUUACAUUUUCAUAUUCAGUAUAGUGUUUACGUUUCCAAGUAGUUUAAAUAAAAAUAAGAUUAUGUCGACA